AUGCUCAUUGGUUUUACAUUAUCGUGGUCUGGACCCAUAAUACAGAAACUUCAAGACUUAGAACAAUCUCCUUUAUCAACGAAAUUGACCGACACAGAAGCUUCUUUUAUUGGAUCUUUAUUAUACAUUGGCUGCAUACCAGGUCCAUAUCUAGUUGGAUGGCUUUCAAACGUCAAGGGUCGGAAAGCAUGUUUGCUACUCGGUAGCCUUAUCAGCGUGAUAGGAUAUAUUUUGCUUAUAAUUACUCGCACUCUGGCAAUGCUCUACGUAGGAAGAAUAUUAACAGGAUUGGGCGUUGGCUGCGUCUUUUUAAUGGUCAUUGUUUAUCUGGGAGAAAUAGCGUCUACCAAUAGGCGUGGUACCCUGCUUGCUAUUGUAGGAAUAUUUGCGACUUUAGGUGGGAUGGUGUUAUUCUCAGCUGCAAUAUUUUUCUCCUACCAAGGAACAAACUACGUUGGGUUGGCAAUCAAUGUAAUAUUUACUUUAGGCGUACUAAUGAUUCCAGAGUCGCCGAUGUUUCACGUUUUGAAAGGAGAUGAUAAUGCUGUUAAAAAAACAUUACAGGAUUUGGACAGAUUGGACGAUUUAGAAAAAUUAACUGCAGCAAAAAAAGAUUACAGAACCAUAAGUAAUAUUAAAGAUUGGAGAGAUUUGUUUACAUUAAAGGUAUUAAUUCUGUGUAAAGACUUAAGUGAAAAUGAACGAGCUACGCGAGCGGCUUUCGUUCAGAGGUUGUUGAACAGUAAUAAAUAUCUGGAGGGGAGAUUAAAGUUAGUUGGAGGAUCAAGUAAAUACGAAGGUAAUGUGUAUAUUUACCACGCUGGUAGAUGGGGUGCAGUGUGUGAUGAUUCGUGGGAUGAAGCUGCCGCCACAGUCGUUUGUGGAAUUUUCAAUAAAACUGGUACAGCGACAUACGGUGGACAGUUUGGUGAAACUAAAGAAAAAUUUUGGAUGGACGAUAUUGUCUGCGAAGGCGAUGAAAAAUCAUUAACAGAAUGUGUAUUUUCUGGAUGGGGUUCUUCUGACUGUGAGAGUAAUGAAGUAGCCGGUGUCAUAUGUAACGAAGACAUUCAAAAUUCCAUUCCCAUCAAGAUAAAAGAAGAGGAAAAAAUAAGGAUACAUGAAGCCGUCGAUGUUAGGGCAGUGAGCUUAAGACUCGUAGGAGGUAGUAGUAGCAGCGAAGGAAGAGUUGAAAUUUAUUACAACGGAGUCUGGGGUAGCAUUUGUCCAGAUGGUUGGACUAUCUUUGAAGCUGCUGCUGUUUGUCAUCACCUUGCCCUCGGAUUUGCUGAACAAGCUCUGCAGACUGAUUACUUUGGAAACUCUCCUAUAAUUCUUAGCGGUGUAGCGUGUGAAGGGAAUGAGACUAAUUUGUUUAUGUGCAAACAUCGACAAUUUGGUCAAACUUACUGUCCCGGAGAUAUUGGUCAUGUGGCUGCUGUUGUAUGCACUCACUACUUAGCUGAUCUUCAUCUUGAUUCGUUGGCUAUAAUAAGAAGUGCCCAUCUUCAAGACGUGCCUAUGUUUCAACUGCAGUGUGCAAUGGAAGAAAACUGCUUGAGUAAAUCCGCUUAUGAAAUACAAAAGACAAAUCCGAAUUGGCAAUUCGAAACGCGGCGCCUUUUGCGUUUCACAGCAUCAUCGCUCAAUAUCGGCAAUGCAGAAUUCAGGCCUUAUCUACCAAAACAUUUGUGGCAGUGGCAUUUAUGUCAUAUGCACUAUCACAGUAUGGAGGUAUUCGCUACUUUCGAUAUUCUGGAUAUGACGGGACGUAGAGUAGCUGAAGGACACAAAGCCUCAUUCUGUUUGGAAGACAAUACCUGUCUGCCGGGAGUCGAGAAAAAAUACUCAUGCAAGAAUUACGGCGACCAAGGUGUGUCUAUCAAUUGUUCGGAUAUUUAUCUUUACAAUAUCGACUGUCAAUGGGUUGAUGUGACAGAUGUGGCUCCGGGAGACUAUACAUUCAAAGUUGCUGUGAACCCACACGCCCGCGUUGCAGAACAAAGCUACCACAACAAUGCCGCCGUGUGUUCACUACGUCUGUCAGAUACUAACGCUUACGUUUACUCUUGUAAUAUGGAAAAGCCAUAA